GGAGGACUUGAACUGAACUAGACUCGAGCGCACGCACGCACGCACCAUCUCCUGCUGCCCCUGCCGCUGCCGCUGCCCUUGCCCUGCAGACCUCCGUCGUCUUCGGCCGUGACCUCGUCGUCGUCGUCGCCUCGUCUGCACUGCUCUCCUCUCCUCUCCUCUCCUCUGCGCUGCGCUGCGCUGCUCGGCUCUGGCUCUGGCUCUGGCGCUGGCUUCUGCUCUUGCUCUUGCUCUUGCUCUUGUGCUCUACGUGUGGUCGGCUGAGGGGUCCGGUGCCUGUGGCUUGGAUGUGUGUUUUGUCGCGUUUUUCUCGUGGUCGUGGUGGUGGAUUCAUUUUUGUGGGUGUGUACCUGCUGCUGCCGAUUCGUUUCGUUCUGUUCUGUUGUGUUGGUGUUGUGGUGCUCGUCGCCGGGCCUCCUCCCAUUGCUGCGUCGUGCCAAUGUGCCCGAGCCUGAUCACCUCCUUGCGCGUCCGGCCCCCGCCCCUUUCCCUUUCCCUUUCCCUUUCCUUUAUCGUCGUCGCGUAGGUCGAUCGAAGGCAUUGUGAAAUCUAAAUUGUCAAGCGUUUUGUCCGCUUCUCUCCCUCUCUCCCUCUCUCCUUUUCUUUUUCACAUCAUCAUCAUCAUCAUCAUCGCUGUUUGAUUUUUAUCGCCCAGGUAUUGUCGCGCUGGGCCGGGCUGGACGCAUCUCUGUGUGAGUACCAUCGUUCCCUUGCUUGGCCUUGCGACUGCCCUCGGCGUGGGUUGCCGUUUCCCUGGACCAUGUCGGGGAUGACCCGUCGCUGCGUCGAAGAUGUGCCUGGUCUGUCUCUAAGCGUUUCCUCAUCCGCCCUCUAGUUGGUGAGACCAUCUCGGUGCAGCUUUCGAUCGUGUCGAGUAAUUUCGAUGGUCUUUUGAUCUCUCGGGAGGUGUCUUGGUUCUUGGUUUGUCGUGCUGUAAAGAGAAUUCCUCUUCGAAUUGUCACUGGAAGAUCAUCAUUAAAGCCUACCGUAAAUGCAUCGUCCGGCACAAAGUUUCGUGCUUGUCAAGGAUCACGAAGCAGAUCUUGUGGCGAAGAUUCAAGGUGGUCGGCGGGAAGUUUUCGAGAAUGUGCUUCUGUGGAUCAUUGCAAUCUAGCUUUCACAGCUGAUUGCUGAUAGAUCUCACAAGAAUCAAGUUGGGGAAGACGGAAAUCAAAUUCAACUACGGAUUAUAGAUCACCCAAAGAGAUGGAAGAUAGUGCCGAUUUGAGAAGGGGGGCUCCAUUGAUUUCGUCGAGUGGCAGGCAAGGAUCCUGCUGGCCUUCCACGGAUAUGCACUAUCAGCUCGGUGGCAACAACUAUGCAAGUGGGAGUGGCAGCAACAGUGGGAGCAGUAGACUGAAUCGAAUGGAUGAAGCAAAUGAGGCCUGGCAAGGUGGUCGGUCGUGUGGUCAAGACACCGGCAAGGGUCCCGAGUGUAGCAGAACUGCCGCGCAUAAAUCCUCGCAGGUGUCUCACAAGGUCGUUCCUUCUCGUUCUUCCGGAGCUCGAAGGAGCCAGCGAUCCCAUAAUGAGACAGCCGCGCAAGGUCAGUGGAGUGCACUCCAUAGUUUUUCAGGAAGUAUUGACGAGUCUGGGCUAGGUAACAUGGAUACAGACACAAAUUUGGGCAUCGGUCUGAGCACAAGACUUGGUCUGUCGGAAGUGCCCACUCUUGUCGGGCAUGGUCGAGCUGCCACCGGUCAGGACUUCUCUCUAGGAAGAUCGGGCAUCUCCACCAGCAGGAAUUCCGAUCUGUACCCGGGUCGAAUUUCGGGCCAUUCCAUCGUUGGCCAAGAGUACACCCCCAGCAGAGGGAGUGGACAAGGUGGUGAUAGAUUGGGCACCACUCGGGGAAGCGGAUCCACAGGCUUGCCCCUGGCAAGUAGGUCAUCUUUACUAGGUAGCAGUGUAACUUAUCAUUCACACGCGCACAGAAGUGCAUUGGACGAAGGACGAAUUGGAGACUCUUCUCAGGGAAUAGCUAUGACCAGCUCCCUCCUCACGGAUCGGCACGGGAUUGACGGCCAACCUCUUCAUCCUGGAAGUAGCAGCAUUUGCAACUCUUUGUCUGAUCCGUUUAUGGCGGGUGCAAGCAGCAGUCACAACUCAUCGGGUGAGGAAGCAGCUUGCAGCAGUGAUUCUCAUUUUGUCCUUAGCUCAGCGUCCGUCGACAGAGCCCAAGGUGCAGAAAACCAAAGUUCGAAAGGAGGCAUAUUAGGGAAUUCCCUGUCCAACUCGUCUUCUAGUUACAAAAAUGUGAUGAAUAGCUCGAGGGGUUCAGCUUGUAAGAGGAAAAGUUGCACACCGGGUUUGCUCGCUAGUUCUUGUCGGAGUGCUUCCCCUCACUCGUCCGGCUCUCGGGAAGGCUACGCCACAAGGACCAUGGGAGGCAGUAGUACGGGCAGACGCAGUAGCGGAAAUUUAGGAUGUGCAUCCGCUUCCAGUGUAGUGGCCACGGCCUCGUCGGUGGCAGCUGGGCGAUGCGCCGAAACCUCAGUCUCUGCCAGUGCACUAGAUGAACCGCGUUCGCGCAAGGGUUCCACAUCCAGAGAUGUGGAAUCCGGGGCUCAAAGGGCGGGGAAAUCCUUGAUAGGAAGUGGUUCUGCAGGUUCUAUGGGGCCAAGGAGUAUGCGAAGUAGUGGGUCGAUCGGAGGAAAUUUGGAACAGUUAUCUUCGCCGUCUCAACCGCCAUUUGCACGCACCGUGCGAAGGGCAAUUCCUGCCCUUCCUGAUACUUGGUGCUCUCGAAGAGUUAUUUUAGCUGACUGUUCCACUGAUACAGAUUUCACCACUGCAGGUGGGAGCACUAUUGUGCGAUCAACUGAGCAGCUGAUGUCUACUGGCGGGGGCCGAAGAAGUGGAAGUCCUUUAGUUGCAAGUAGCAGGAGUGGAAGCACGUCUUCUCCAAGACGCAAUGACAAUCACUUUGGAUCAUCUGCCUUGGGAGAGAGGCUGCCGCACAGGUAUCUGGGAAGCAAUACUAGGAGCUUGACAACAGGCUCAUCUAGUCCAGGUUCUUUUGGAGGAAUUGGGUCUGAAAGCAGGUUAAGGCUUCGUAAUCUUAGCAACAGUUCUGUGGAUGCAAUCAGCAAUCCAGCUAAUGCUGCCGCACAAAGCCAGGGCACACAAAGUACGCAGCAAGGAGCGACGAAUCUAGGGGUCACAUCGGUGCCCUCACCUUCAAGGCUGCCACCACAUCCUCCUGUUGUGCGUUCUAGACACAGUCACAGUUCUUCAAGCGCUCCCAUGCUUAUACCAGCAUCAUCAGGGCCUGCACCAUCUCGACUUCCUCCCUCUCCUCCAAGUGUCUCUUCGUCCCUUUCAACGGCCUUGGAGAUGCUUCCAUCUGGAUCCAGCAUCUUUCAGAGUUCGUUCUUGCCAAGAACUUCUUCUUCAGUGGAAAGCCGCAACGAAAGAGGGCUUGCAUCAGCUGCCGAAAGCCUUUUAGGAAUGCCUUUCAGAGGCCUACAAUCUCCGUCCGAUGGAGAGCACCAACCUCGACUAGUAGCAGAGGGCCUUGCUGAGAUCUUACUCGCUCUUGAACGAGUGGAGCGAGAUGAAGAUCUGACUUACGAGCAACUGUUAAUGUUGGAGGCCACGUUGCUGUUUGGGGGUAUGGGGCUUCAUGACCAACAUAGUGACUUGCGACUCGAUGUUGACAAUAUGUCUUACGAGGAACUACUUGCUUUGGAAGAAAGAAUAGGCAAUGUGAGCACUGGGCUUAAUCCAGACAUGGUGAACAAGCGCUUGAAAAGAAGCAAAUAUUCUUCUCAAGCAGUAGCUGUAUCCUCUUGUUCACAAGAAAGUGACAUCAAAUGCAGCAUUUGCCAGGAAGAAUAUGAGGAAGGCGAUGAUUUGGGAAAAAUUGACUGUGGGCACAGUUAUCACGUUGCUUGUAUAAAGCAAUGGCUUUUACAGAAGAACCAGUGCCCUAUCUGCAAGGCAUCUGCCUUGUCAUAAUAUUAUCUAGUGUGGUUGUCUGGAUGGGAGGAUGACGAAGAGAUGUUAUCGUAUACCACAUUGCGGACAGGUUCUCGUGGAACACGAGGCCGAACAGUCUUGUGUGAGUUUAUUUCCAGUUUUCUUUGAAGUUUUUGAAGUUGUUUCUGGCAACUUGACAGCUAGUAACGUCGGGGCAUCUCUUGGAAAUUGGGAUGGCGCUCGUCAAGAGCUUCCUAUCUUCACUGAAUGAAAGCCUGUUUGACAAUGUCUCAGUAAGUGCAAAAGGAUUUUUGAACUGGGGUAGUCGGAUAGAAUGGACUCUAGGAGGCUUGGGACAAAUUUGCAGUCAUUUUUUGUGGAAACAAACUCAUGACAUCAUAGAAGAAAGCAUGGAUACUCACUGGGGAACCCAUACGCCAGUGGUGACGCAUAUUGAAGAUCCCAGCCAGUGGCUCAAAUGGUGGAGAGAGUGGCCCUUUUGCGUACAUCGAAGACUAAAUCCCAGUAGAUAUCUAGAUGGCAUCUACUUCCAAGGACCUACUCAAAUGAAGUCGCCAAGCGGGUUGCGGCUACUGAGAGGGCCGAAGCUGUUCCCAUCCUUCAUAAUAAGGUAGAUUGGACUGCUAAGAAUGUAGUCACGGAUCUUAUUCUUUGUUUGACAGUGGAAACUAGGAGAAACUGAAGUUGGUGUGGCAAUUGUCAUUAAGCUUUAUAUGGAUUGGAUUGACGAGGUUUCUUCAAGUC